AAGAAAUGAAAUCUAAGGGGGGAAGUGAGGCAGGGGUACUUCCUUGUAAACACCAUCCUCUCUGAUCAUAUUAUUGUGCGCAAUGACCAAUUCAAAACAAUACACCGUUCGCUGAAUCUUUAUUCUCGAGAGGAUAGGUUGAAGUCUAUUUUGCGUUUUUUCUUACAACUCAGUUUGCACUAUGCUUCAGCUAAACGACACGGUUGAGCCAAUGAGUCCGGGGGCUGCGGUCCUUCAUCCGGGGGAGGCUGAGGAUGGAGUCGAGGUUGCCUUUACACCGCCGGGGGCCAGAGGGAGCCUUGGGUAUAGCUCUUCUGUAGCAUGUUGCUCCCCCUUACAAACGUUGACGCCGUUUCAUGUCCACAACCCAACAAUGCAAGCGAAAGUGAAGGAUUAUUUCGUCUUUAGGCCAGGGACCAUUGAACGAGCAGUGAAUGACAUCAGAACAGUGGGCCUGCCUUCAGAGGAUGGAGAAGUGCUGAGUGUGUGGCUGCUUGCAGAAGUUGACCACUGGAACAACGAGAAGGAGAGACUGGUGCUCAUAACUGACAGGUCCCUGCUGGUUUGCAAGUAUGACUUCAUCAACCUGCUGUGUCAGCAGGUCAUCAGAAUCUCCCUUAAUGCCGUGGACACCAUCUCAGUGGGCGAGUUUGAGUUCCCACCCAAAUCACUCAACAAGAGGGAGGGCUAUGGGAUUCGGGUUCAGUGGGACAAACGCCCACGCCCCUCCUUCGUGAACCGCUGGAAUCCCUGGUCCACAGACAUGCCCUAUGUCACCUUCACUGAGCAUCCCAUGGCCCGUGCCGACGAGAAAGUGGCCUCUCUCUGCCAGAUGGACAUCUUCCGGACCCAGCUGGUUCAGGCAGUGAAGAAGGCCCACAAGGAGUUUGCCAUUCCGGGCAGGGCCAACGGAGUUCUGAUCCUAGAGAGGCCCCUCCUCAUCGAGACCUACCUGGGCAUCAUGUCCUUCAUCAACAAUGAGGCCAAGCUGGGAUACUCCAUGACCAGGGGAAAGAUUGGCUUCUAAUGUUUCCCACUGAGUGACCAUCUUAUUCCACCGCAGUGGGAGCGCUGUCAAACUGUGUGUUUUUAUGAGUGUGUGUUUGUCUGCUCGUGGAAUGCUGACAAUGUGGCUGUGUCAUACCCAACGCUUGAGUAUAACCGGCGGCCAGCCAUGGUGUGCAGUAAGCCUGAGUUCUCUCCACUCCUGCCACAGUGCUCUCAUGCAAAGGUAUGUUUUCCAUUUGCCAUAAUUAUUUAACCCUUGAGUGGAGAGACCUACAGUAUGUGAAUUUGGUGUGUUUGUGCGAUUAGGGAAUGUCGCUAGUUGUGGGUACAGUGCAUACUGUUUACCUUGCCAUUGUGAAAAUACUGUAAUAUACACCUGAUGCUGCUAGGUGAACCUGACUUAAUAUCCAUGGAAGUUAACAUUAGUGUGGGCCUUUUGUGCAGUUACGAGGGCAUGGUUAGGUGCUUUAACUUUAGGUAUAAGAGUGGGCUUUUUCAGUGCUCGUUAUUACAGAAACUGAUGCAAUGAGCUUUGCCUGAUCAAGCGGCCUACCCGUUAUUUUCAACCUGAGACGCCUUGCAAAAUGUUAGCAUUAGCCAGAUUGGUGCUAAAAUCCAUCAUAUUGAGACGUUGUAGUGGUAAGAUUUGAGAAUUAAUGUGGCUGCCGGUGCUACAAUCCACAAUUUUCUUAAAUUGAUUAGGCCUACUCGUCUCCAUUUCUAGAAAACACACGGCCUUUAUCGUCCUCAUGCUGGGCUAGUUAAUGCAAAAGCAGCGGAUUAGGUUCUAUGAAAAUGUGAUGUCUAACGUUGGGGUGAGUAGCUGCUGGGGAAGUGUUGUGGAAUAUGUUACUUUAGCAGUAGCUGCAUGAGGACAAGAAAGGCAGUUUAAUUCCAAACUAGCAGUAUUAUGAUUUGCCGUCAGGCAUUGUAGGAUAAUUAAGAGUACAGUGACACAUUCCAUGCCUGGAUUGAGGUACGUUUUCAUACCUGUUUGAUUCUUGGUGUUGACCGGUAUAGAAAAGACAAAAAUCCCUUCUACAUAUGGUUUCACCAAACAAUCAACUAUUCAAAGCUUGCUAGGAGGCUAAAAUAGUCUUAUCAACCACCUGAAUAACUUGACCAUAAAUACAUAAAAAAAAUCCACAUGGGAAUAAAAAUGGUGGCCAUCUUAGAUUACAUGAUCUAUUAGUCAACUAUUCAAGUAACUAACUAGUUAGGGCUGUAGCCAUAGUCUGACUUUAUAAUUAACUCCGAUAUAAACCUCAAAAAAGCAACUGAAGUUAAAUUGGAUACAGUUUGAAAAAUCAGCCUCAGAUUUGUAUGCAAAGGUCUUCUUUUACCAAGCUUGUUUGCAAGGCUUUGCCGCAGACCUUUUGAUCAGUAGCUCUCAGAAACAGGGUUGGAAUAAUCAAUUUCCAGUAUUUGGAAAGGACUAUAGUUCCAUGCCAUUGUUUUUUUUUUCUCCUCUCGACCUGAGGACCUCCCUGCCCCCACCUUUUAAUGGAUCUUCCCUUCUUACAGGUGUCCCUGCUCAACUCUUGCUAUUUGUUUUUAACCACUUAUUAACCCCCUUGGCCUCUGCUUUACUGAUUUGUCACUUCCAUGUCGACAUUAGAAUGCUUGAGUGCUUGCUCGGCGAGAACAUCCACCUCAUUCCCUUCUACUCCCACACGCUGGCACCCAGAGGAACCUUAAAUACCCCCAACUGUCUCAACCUAAACAAGCACAAAUUUAAAUGUAUCAGCGCUGCACAGGAGAUAAUCUAAGGAAGUGACUUAAUGUAUAAGGGCCAAUAACGCCCAUUGGCUGAAUAUAAUUGAAACGGAUUAAUCAUAAGUCAAUAGCAAAUGAACAGUCUAAGAUUAUUUUCUAUAGAGGCCCUAUUACAUUUGAAACAUUCUUCCAUCAGUCACAAUGGUUGAUGGGCUUUCAAUUUUGUUUCUAAAUGGAGUAAGAUGUCAUUCUUGCAUGGGAUCCAAACUGAAUAUUUCAAAAUAUGCAACUAUAAAACAAAUAAAUUAAAUCCAGGAACCAGAUUUAAGCUGGUUUGAAAUAGAAAUACACCAAUCUUCCUCAUCCAUUCACCAGAGAAGAAUCUGGUUGUUAGGCCUCUGCUUUUUACACAAGAUCAUGCUUUAACUGCUCUAAUGAACUAAGAUGUCUGUCCAACUACCCCCCCCCGUAACAUGCAUGUCUUGCAUGCAGUCUCUGUUCAACUUGGAAAAUGCUCCAGAAUAGCAUUUACAAAAAGAAAACAACUUCUUGGUCAAUGCUUAAUAUUUGUAGCACGGUCACCAACGUGAGGCAAUUGCCUACAUUACUUUGAUAUUUCAUACUGGGUAAAUCUGAUAUCCGACCCAUUUGCAGAUUAGUUUGACUCAUAACGCUGACUAUAUGCUCAUACUGACCUUGAAUACUGUACAUUGCUUAUUAAAUAAAUACUCAUCAAAAUUA